AUGCUCUCCGCUUUCACAGCACGUCCCAUCAUCGAGCUGCGACAAAAGGAUAAGUCUAAGAUUGAGACGAUACUCGCUCAAGGUGACCGCGUUCUCGUCGGCCUUAACAAUGGCGCACUCCGAAUCUACCGUCUAAAUGAGCUUUCCGACCAACCUCAGAAUGGUUGCACUGAUACAAACACUAAUGGUUCGUCGUCUGCGGUGGGCGAAAACCAUAAUACUGCGAAAAAGUCGGAAAGGCCAACUGAUUUGAUGCGCGAGGUGGAACGCUUCUCGACGCGAGCAAUCGAGCAGCUGGCUAUUAUAAAGGACGCAAACACAAUUGUAUCCUUGUCGAAUUAUCACGUCUCUUUUCACGAUCUGAAAACCUACGAACUUAUUGAGACCUUAAGCAGGACCAAGAAUGCAUCAUGCUUUGCGUCAACAUCGAAUAUUGUCAAGGAUCCGGACACGGGAAUUCCCGAGAUCGUGAGCCGGCUGGCUGUUGCGGUCAAGAGGAAAUUGCUACUCUGGAGCUGGCUUGAGAGCGAACUUUCUGAGGAUGUGGAGGAGAUCGUGCUGCCUGAGUCGAUUCGAUCAGUAACAUGGGCAAAUGCGACAAAGUUGGUGUGUGGUAUGAAUGGCGGGUACGUGAUGGUCGACGUCGUAACACGUGAGGUCGAAGAUAUCGUGAGUCCGGGUUCGGGACCAGCAGCUGGGCAGACUAGCCGAUUCGGUGCGAUGAGCAGUGCUGGUAUGGGAUACAUGGGAUUGGGAGGUUAUAUACCCAAGCCUCUGGCGGCCAAAUUGGCCGAGGGAGAAAUGUUGCUCGCAAAGGAUAUCAACACACUAUUCAUCGACGAUGACGGGAAACCCCUCGACAGACGGCAGAUUCCCUGGAAUCAUGCCCCUGAGUUCAUAGGGUACUCGUACCCAUAUAUUCUUGCCUUACAAGCUCCCUCAAAAGGCUCCCUGGAAGUUAGGAAUCCUACAACAUUAUCAUCACUUCAGAAUCUAUCACUACCAGGCGCUUCUCAGCUUCACUUCCCGUCACCCACUUACAGCUUAGCACAUGCCGGGAAAGGUUUUCACAUCUCCAGUGAACGAUGUGUUUGGAAGAUGGACUCAACAGACUAUGACUCCCAGGUUCAGGAACUAGUAGACGGUGGCCACUUCGAUGAGGCCAUUAGCAUUCUCGAAAUGCUUGAAGAUGCACUGCUGAAGAACAAGGCGCAGACACUUCGCGAGGUCAAGAUGCUCAAAGCUGAAGGGCUGUUCAAAAAAAAGAAAUAUCGCCAGGCGAUGGAUCUCUUCAAUGAGGAUACCGUACAUGCACCCCCUGAACGAGUUCUGAGGAUGUUUCCUCCAUCCAUUGCUGGAGAACUAUCUGCCUGGGCCGGCCGCGAAGAGGAAGAAGAAGAGUCGGAUGACGCGCUAGGAACACCGAAGAAAACCAAUGGCACUCGUCCCACCACCCCUGAACCCGUUGAGCAGGUACAGGAAACUCCGCAGUCAAGCAAAGGAGGCUUCGCCAGAUAUCUUACCGGCAGCUAUAGGAGGCCCCAGUCGGACACCGCAUCCAUCCUCUCAAAGAAGGAUACAGCGGACGGCGAUGAUGCUGCUAGUGUGAGGGAGGCUGAGUCAAACGAGGAUCUGCCUUUGAAAGACAAGGACUUGACGAACGCGGUUCUGGAGCUCAACAGCUACCUGGCUGGGACCCGUGCUCGAUUACAACGGGUGAUUGAUCCUGUGACUGGAAACCUGAAACCUCAAAGUGAUCGAAAUGGUUCAACAGAAGAGAUAGCCGAGAAGUUCCUACGGAUAGGGCUCGAUGACUCUGAGAAGAAACUUGAGGAGGAACUUCGAAUCACCUUUCGUUUGGUCGACACAACUUUGUUCCGAGCAUACAUGUUUUCUCGACCAACUUUAGCAAGCUCUCUGUUUCGAAUUCCUAACUUCUGUGACCCUAAUGUGGUUAAUGAAAAGCUUUUGGAACACAAUCGCUAUACCGAGCUGGUGGAUUUCUUCCACGGUAAGAAGCUACAUAAGGAGGCUUUAGAACUUCUACGACGAUUUGGAGCCGCUGAAGAACCCGACGAGGCCGCACCAACACUUCACGGACCGCAUCGCACCAUCCAGUACCUCAAAAGUCUACCACCACCAGAAAUUGACCUCAUCCUUGAGCAUGCAGAAUGGACCCUCAAAGCCAGUCCAGAUGAGGCCUUAGAGAUCUUCACGGGCGACACAGAGAAUGCGGAGACCCUCCCACGAGAACGAGUUGUGUCUUUCUUACAUGAUGUUGAUACACAGUUAGAAGGACGCUAUCUGGAGCAUAUCAUCACUGAGCUUGAAGAUAUGACACCAGACCUUCACGACCGAUUAGUUGAGCUCUAUGUUGAAAACUUGAAGAAGAUGGACAAGGGUGAGAAGUGGGAUGAAAUGAUGAAUCACUUCAUCGAGUUCUUGAGACAGCCGCGGCAGGUUUACAGUCUCAGCAGGGCGUUUAGAUUGAUUCCCAGAGAUGACCCAGUAUUUUACGAGGCACAGGCUGUGGUAUUGAGCAACAUGAACCAACACAAACAAGCCCUUGAGAUCUAUGUUUUCAAGAUGAAGGACUACCAGAAAGCUGAACAAUACUGUAACAGAGUCAACUCGACUCAAGAUACUGCUCCAUCAUCUCAGCCAAAUGAGAAGAAUGAAACUGGGGAGGAUCCUGAGACUUCUACACCAUCUAUUUAUCACACCCUUCUAUCGCUCUAUCUUCAACCGUCACCACCCAACCAGCCCAAUCUAGAACCAGCACUGGACCUUCUUUCAAAGCAUGGAUCACGUCUCCCAGCGACAUCAACUCUAGGACUCAUUCCAGACGACCUUCCCGUUCGGUCACUUGAGUCUUACUUCCGAGGCCGCAUUCGGUCGGCAAAUAGUCUGGUCAACGAGGCAAGGAUCGUCGCUGGUUUGCGACAGGCUGAAGGCAUAUCUAUCGCGGCGCGGCUGCACCUUGGUGACGAUGUACAGGGAGGGCAAGGCGGGCGUAACAGGCACGUUGCCAUCACAGACGAGCGACACUGCGUCGUGUGCCACAAGAAACUCGGAGGAGGUAUGCGUAUUGGCGGAAGCGUUGUAGCUGUCCUGCCGGAUAACACGGUGGUGCACUACGGCUGUUUGAACCGAGCAACAGGGAACAAAGUAGACGCAUCCCAGGCGCCAAGUUGGGGUCGAGGGUUCUAG